AUGCUGAGUGAUUCACAAAACGUUACAUUGACUGAUGGAAUGGUAAUGAGAGCCACUAAGUCAAAUAAUAUUGAAGAAGUAGAAAAAGUCUACUUUUAUCAUGAAAAUCUUUCAGAUAUUGCAAUAGUUGAAUACAUGAUCAACUUAGAAAUCGCGUAUUUUACCGGAAACAAGAUUAGAACCCUUAAGCCAUUUGCAAAAUGUCAGAAAUUGCGUGAAUUAUAUAUCAGAUAUAACCAAAUUUCCUCAUUCGAGGAAUUAAAUUACUUAAAAGAGCUUAAAAACCUUAAAGUACUAUGGAUGAUGAAUAACCCUGUAUCAGAACAGCCAAAUUAUCGAGAAUUUAUUAUAAAAUCCUUACCACAACUAACAAAAUUAGAUGAUAUUGAAAUUUCUGAUGCAGAAAGAAGAUUUGUUGCACUCACGAAAUCAAAUUCCUACAAAGAUAGCCGAAAUGCUUUUGCUCCUGGCGAUAAAUUAGCUCGAACGCCAAAAUCCUUUGCCGAUGCUCCAGAAUUCGAUUCAAAGCUUGUUCAGCAACCACCAGCUCCAACUCCUUCGCAGCCAUCACAAAAUACGCAUGAGCACAGAAGAGUACCUUCUUCUUUAGCAUCUAAGAAACAAAGCGUUGCUAAAUACCAUACACCCCAUUCAAGAUCAUCACUAUCAGAUUCUGCUCAAGAAGAUGAUAAAAAUUUACUUACUGCUGUUUUAACUCUUCUUCCAGAAUUAUCUGUCGAUUCACUAGAAAUUGUACUUCAUAAGAUUCGCGAACUUACACAAUAA